CCGUUCCCCACCUGCGGGCGUCCAAUGGACGGGUGCGCUGCGGAGGCCUCGAGCCUGGGCCUGGAUUACUGGAUUGGAGCCACAGUGGCCGCUGGAGGCCCGGACAUCAUGUCGGCAGCGGCAGCGGCAGCAGCGGCGCAGUACCCGGGCAUGGAGCGGAAUUGCUGGGUGUGCUUUGCCACUGACCUCGAUGAUCGCUCUGCAGAGUGGGUCAGCCCGUGUCGGUGUAAAGGGUCGACAAAAUGGAUCCACCAGUCGUGUCUACAGCGAUGGCUUGACGAGAAGCAAAAGGGCAACAGCACAGGCCGAGUAGCCUGUCCGCAAUGUAACACAGAGUACUUGAUUGUCUUCCCAAAACUAGGUCCAGUUGUUUACUCCUUGCACCAAGUGGACCGCAUUCUGUCCAGAGUGAGCCCGUUUGCAGCAGCCAGCAUCGUGGUGGGGACCGUGUACUGGUCGGCUGUGACCUACGGAGCAGUGACUGUGAUGCAGGUGGUCGGGCACAAGAAAGGUUUGGACCUGAUGGAGCGGGCGGACCCCCUCUUCCUGCUGAUGGGGCUGCCCACCAUUCCAGUGAUGCUCAUUCUGGCCAAGAUGAUCCGCUGGGAGGACUUUGUGCUCCGGAUGUGGCGCAAGUACUCCAGCAAGCUUCAGGUGCUGAGCAGUAUUUUCCCAGGGUUUGGAUGCCCCAUGCCUCGCACACCUGCCGACGCGCACUACCGAAGUGACCACGCGUCCAUCUCCCGCAUCCUGUGCGGCGCGCUCGUCUUCCCAACCAUCUCCAGCCUGGUCGGCAAAUUAAUAUUCAGCAGCGUCAGCUCCAAUCUGCAGCGAACUAUCUUGGGAGGGAUUGCCUUUGUCGCUAUCAAAGGGGCUUUAAAGGUUUACUUCCGGCAACAGCAGUACCUCAUCCAAGCCAAUCGCCGCAUUCUCAACUACCCCGAGAGGGAGGAGGAACCGGAGGAUACGCAGGAGGCCUACGAAGACUCGGGAAGUGACUAGAAGAGAGAGCGAGAGAUUGUUUGUCAGGAAAGACGCGGACCUUGUUUACGUCCCACUCUCGUGAUUGCUGGAAUUGACGUUCGACAUUAUCCCACUUGCGUCGGGCGUGUCCUGUGGCCAUUUUCACUGGUGUCUGCAAUCAGCCCAGUGGAGUUCAGUCACCCCGUCAGCUUGCUGUUGGACAGAUAUUCGCCCUACUUUUUAAACUGCUGGUUUCUCCUUCGAUCGCUCGUAUUAUUAUGAUUUGGUAGCUAGGGGACUACUUUGGACUAAUGCCACAAAACAACUUCCUGACGUCACCCCCGAGCAGUAUCCAACUCAAGCUCUCGGCCGCUCACCAUAACCUGCAACUUUCCCAAGUCCUUGUUAAUCCUUGUUCAUAAUUUGUAGGAUCAAAAAUUAGGCCAUUCGGCCCAUCAAGUCUAUUCUGCCAUUCAAUCAUGGCUGAUCUAUCUUUCCUUCUCAACCCCAUGCUCCUGCCUUCUUCCCAUAACCCCUGAAACCCAUACUAAUGAAGAAUCUAUCAAUCUCCGCCUUAAAAAUAUCCAUUGACUUGACAUCCACAGCCUUCUGUGGCAAUGAAUUCCACGGAUUCACCACCCUUUGACUAAAGAAAUUCCUUGUCUCCUUUCUAAAGGUUUGUCCUGGUAUUCUGAGGCUGUGUGCUCUGAAUCUAGGCUCUCCCACUAGUGGAAACAUUCUUGCUCGAGGUUGUGUGCGUCUGUGUAAUCCCUUCUUUACUGCAAUAAGGCCCUUUGUCUCUGGCUGUGUUAAAAGCAGGAUAAUCCUAUCGUUUUCCACCCACUCGUGCCGAAGCUCAGUCAUAUUCCCCGCAGAUAGGCAGUCGUUCAAAUUUGGUGCCCCGUCGGGUUGCAAAUUUGCCCCAAGACCGAAGAGCUGUGGAGCGAAGAACUCGUGGCUCCGCUCAGCUGCCGGGUUGUGUUGGAAGUAUUUUUCCGCACAUUGUGAUAUCUAGGGUCAAAACCAAGAACAGAAAUGUAGCAGGAACACAGUUAAAGUUGGCAACGAACCAGAGCUUCACAAACCUGUUCACAAUCUGUGCUCAGUGCUCAGUACAUUGGCUACCGUGCGGAUAGCUCAAAGAUCCUUGCAUCGGGCAGGACCUAUCGACCGACCUUGUGGGCUGGUACACCACGUUCAACCCCGCCCGCGAGCACCAUGCUAAAAUUGUGCAGCGUAAAAACCAAGAUGAUUUUAUGUAAAUUUUAAAAGCAAAAUAUUACAAUUUAACAAACUUACAGAAUCUUCAUUUCUUUUUAUCUGUAGAAAAUUUAUUUUUAAUUAAGUUUCUUUUGCAUGCUGCCAUGACGACCACCAUAAUUGCUGUAAAAUGUGUUUAUUUUUUAUUUAUAUAAAGCUGUUUGGAAUAAUAUAGCUGGUGAAAAAUAAGGAUUCUGGAGGUUUAAUUUAAUAAAAUGCCAUCUCAGAAUUGAUUGUUUUUCUGCUCAAUUUUAA